GUCAGCGAUAUGAAUUUCACUGAUAGCAAUAAUUCAUACAGUGUUGCCGACAGUGUCAAUUCCAAUGAAUAUAUAUUUGAUCGUACUGAUGUUCGUGUCAUAUUUAUAACAUUGUAUACUAUAGUAUUUUGUUGCUGUUUCUUUGGAAAUUUAUUGGUCAUACUAGUGGUGACGUUAUCACGUCGUUUACGUUCUAUAACGAAUUUUUUUUUAGCUAAUUUAGCGUUGGCUGACUUUUGCGUCGGUUUGUUUUGUGUUAUGCAAAACCUGUCGAUAUAUUUGAUUGAAAGUUGGGUUUUUGGUGAAUUUAUGUGUCGCAUGUAUCAAUUUGUGCAUUCACUGAGUUACACAGCUUCCAUAUUCAUUUUGGUCGUCAUAUGUAUGGAAAGAUAUUUCGCCAUUGUUCAUCCAAUAACGUGUAAGCAGAUUUUAACAGCAGCCAGAUUAAGGAUUGUCAUAUUAACUGUAUGGAUAACGUCGGCGGUUUAUUCGACACCGAAAUUUGUUUUCAGUAAGACUAUAAAAAAUGUUCACACAAUAAGUGGGCAAGAAGAGGAGAUAUGUGUACUCGAUCGUAAAAUGUUCAAUUCAAAGUUAUUGGAUAUGAUCAACUUUGUUUUAUUGUAUGUGAUACCAUUGCUGGUAAUGAUGAUUUUAUAUACGAAAAUUGCUGUAGCAUUGUGGCGUAGCUCGCAAGGUUUAACACAUCAGUUGGCACAACAAGAGAAUAGCAUGGGUUUACAUAAUAGCAUGUAUCAGCAUCAUCAUCAUCAUCACCACCAUCAUCAUCGUCAACAUCAACAGAAUCCGCAUUUAUGUGGUCAGCAAUCCUUAAGUACAUCUUUAAACAUUAGUGGUAGCGAUGACGGUGGAAAUAGCGGUGGUGGCAGCAAUGAUAUCAGUGUUGAUGCAAUAACUUUGUCACGUAAACUUAGCAGUAGUAAAUAUGAAAAGCGUGCUGGUAAUGCUACCCUUCAUAUAAUCGAAAGCCAGAAUGAUAAGAAUGAGGUAACAUUGGAUUCUGAUCGUCCGGUAGUAAGUGCAUGUCGCAAGACCAGUUUUUAUAACCACAAUCAUCUUCAUCAUUAUCAUCAUUCCCAUCAGCAGUCAGAAUAUCAAAAUUCAACGCAGGCAACAAAUACAACGAGCCGUCAUAACGUACACAGUGGACAACGUGUUACACAUAUAUCGCAUUCCUCAUCCAAUAAUGUGUUACGUGCUCGCCGUGGGGUCGUACGAAUGUUAAUCAUAUUCGUUUUAACUUUCGCAUUAUGUAAUUUACCGUAUCACGCACGAAAAAUGUGGCAGUAUUGGUCACAUUCGUAUCGUGGCGACUCAAAUUUUAAUGCUCUAUUUACACCUUUAACAUUUCUGGUGACUUAUUUCAAUUCUGGCAUCAAUCCAUUGCUUUAUGCAUUUCUUAGUCGUAAUUUCCGCAAAGGUAUGCGAGAAUUGCUAAUGUGCUCUUGGCGCGGCAAAAGCAAAACAAAAUCAUCCAUCAACUCAUCUAUACAUCAUAAACGUGCAGCAUUGCAGACACAUUCGUUACCCACAGACACUACGCAUGUAGGAAACGAACAACUAUGAUGAUCCAUUUUGAUAAGAGGAUUUUUCGAAACCAAGACGCCAAAAUCAAGGAAAUCUCAAUUAAUUUAAUUAUCAAAAAUAAAAAGAAUAAAUAAAUAAAUUCGAGACUGAAUUUCAAAUUGAAAUCCUUUCGACUGUGAAAAAUGAAAGAGUAACGUAAAUUCAUUUAAAAAAAUUCCGUAGAGAAGAGAAGGCCUGCGGAUUGAGUGAGAUCACCUUUACUAAGAGUAAUUUUAUAACAUUUUAAUAAGUAUAUGUUGGUAAAAUUUCUAAUAAUUUCUAUUAUACUCUGCAAAUUAUUGGUGACAAUACUUAACUUAAACUUAAGAUUAUUUUGUUAUGCUCGCCCAUAUUUGAGUUGAUGGAGCUUAUGUAACUAAGGUUAUACGACUAACUUCUUUGGGUAUCCCACUUUCGGUAAUAGUUGAACUUAACCGAUAGAGGCUACUGCGGAGCAUUCAUGCAUAUAGCUAGGCGUACACGUCAAUAAAUUGCAAGGUCAUUGCAAGUUUAGUUAUCAAAGCGAGUUAUAAAGUCGAAAAUAUAUAUAUUUUUCGUAAAUACUUCAUUAAUUUUUACGAUUAAAAUUGAAAUAAGUAAAAAACCUUGGAAAAUAAUCUUUGGCAUCCGCUAUCUUUUACGGUGUUUGCACUUAGAAUAGAUUUCGAUGAUUUCAUCCAAUGAUUUUCCUUCAAAACAAAAUUGUUUACAUUGCAUUGAAAAGCAUUAAGUGAUUCAUUUUGAUUGUUCUUCGUUUAGAUGCAACACCAUAAGUUUACACACUUGAACAAUACACGGAGGCAAGGGAAAAUUUAUCGAUUUUCAACAUACCAAAUUUCAAUGCUGCCAAAUCGAGAACUACUUUGACAUAAAAACACGAAUUUCACUGAAAUUACAAAAUAUGUGACGAAAAAUGUGAUUUUUUCCACUCUUUCACUGUAAACCCCGUGCAUAAUUGCAUUUUUACGGAAUCACUUAGCAGUAUGUGAAAAAUAUUCAAUCUCGAUUUAGUGAACUGCAAUAUAUUUCAUAUAUAGUUGGAUCAUGUUCUUUUUUAAAGUUAAUUAUCCUCUAGUGAGGGAGUAGUAUAAGUGAAAACGCAACUCAAAACUACUUUUUAUAUAACUUAGUAUAAAAUUUGUUAUAUAAAUAAAUAUAUGUA